GGGGGAGGGGCCAGGAAGAGCGCGCCGCAGAGGGGCCGCCCCGCCCCACGCAGCGUCGUCCCGCCUCCGCGCCCACUCGUGCCUCGACCCUGUGGGGCCACCCACGCCCGGGCAGCUCCACGGCCACGAGUGGAGAGAAGGAGGACCCAGAUCACCAGCCCCUGGAGUCCACGAUGCCUACAGAUGUGGAACCCUCGGUUCUUGCCAAGACCCUCCACCUGAUCUUCCUCUCCACCUUCUGGGGAAUGCAGAUCUGGGUGACCUUCAUUUCAGGCUUUGUGAUGGGCGGAAACCUCACCCGUCACACCCUGGGCUUCAUCCAGAGCCGGCUCUUCCCUUAUUAUUUCCACAUUGGCUCUGCCUGCUCGUUCUUCAACCUGACCAUCUUUGCCAUGUGCCACCCCAGAGAGCUGCUGAAUGAGGAGGAGACCACUCAGCUCAUCGUGUUCUUCGUGUGCGUCAUCGUGUCCGCGCUGAACGCCCAGUGGUUCGGCCAGAUGACCUCGGACAUCAUGGCUGACAUGCACCUCCUGGAGCAGAGCUACGGGCUGGGUCAGGACAUUGGCUUCUUCUCCCGCAAGUCCUACACGCGGCUUCGCGAGUCCAACCCCAAGUAUCGGCAGCUGUCCAGCCAGCUCAACCGCUACCGCCUCCUCUCUUCCCUCUGCAACCUGGGCUGCCUGGUCUGUAACGGUUUCAGCCUCUACCACAUGGCUACUCACCUGUCCACCCUGUGACCGGAGGCCCAGCUUGGCCACAUUCAGCUUCCAUUCUCAGGGGCUGGGCCAGUGGGAGCAGGAGGCACCUGAGGGGGGUGGUGGGGUCAAGGAGGGAUUCAAAUUCUCCCUCGGGUCCUGGCCAUGUGUCCCUGGGCCACAGAUAGAUGGGUGGACAGGUGGGUGGAUGAAUGGAUGGACGGGUGGAUGGAUGGAUGGAUGAACAGAUGGACGGACGGGUGGGUGGCUGAAUGAACGAAUGAAUGAAAAGUUUGCUCAUCUGUAAAUGAAUUUGGUCUCUUUGAACUCUGUGUCUAGGAUUCUAUCAUCUCAGUGAGCCUUUUUUUUUGUGGGGUAAUGAGGGUUAAGUGACUUGCCCAGGGUCACACAGCUAGUAAGUGUUAAGUGUCUGAGGUUGGAUUUGAACUCAGGUCCUCCUGACUCCAGGGCCAGUGCUCUAACCACUGCACCACCUAGCUGCCCUGUCAGUGAGCCUUUUCUUAGAGGCUGGGGUCAGUUCCCAGUGCCAUGGAAGGGACCUUUUGAGCAGAAGUGGUCAGAACCUUGUGUCCUGUCUACUUCCUUCCCAGAGUUUUGGUGCUAGAUCUGUGGGUCAGCGCACAAAUGGAUGCCAGAAUGAAUGUGUGAAAGACUGAAGGGAUGGGGAGAUGGACAGGUGAGUAGGUGGAUGGACAGAUGGAUAUGCACACAGCGGGUGCUUAAGGAUGAGGACAGUCUUAGUCCUGGUACCAUAUGGUUCUCAGUGGUUAAUGGAAGCUUUUCCUCUGGACGGUACACCUGAGUCUUCUUGCCCUCAUCCCCACUAAUGAUGAGACCUUAAUGACAGGACUCCAUGGCAGGGCUAACCCUACUGGACCUGGAAUCAGGAGGACCUGGGCCAAAUCCCUCUCCACACAUUUAUUAGCUUUGUGAUCCUGCGCAAAUCCCGUGCCUGCUGUUUGCCUCAGUUUCCUCAUCUGUAAAAUAGGGCUAUAUGGGGACCUCCCUCCCAGGGCUGCCAUGAGGAUCAAACGAGAUACUCCCCUUGAUGUACAGAGCAGGAAACUGAGACCUAGGCAGGCUGACUUGCCCAGGGUCACCAAGCUAGUGGGCAAGUUUCUACCCUUUGCCUUAAGCCCCUCCAAGCCUGUCUUUUCUUCUGUAAAAAUGGGGGUGAUAGCCCUCUGGCUCCCUGAAAGGAGGGAGAGGUACAGGGGGAAUCCAGGCAGUGUAAAAACUAAGGGAUCCACAAAAGUCUGUUUUCAGACUUAAUUCCCACAGCAUGGGACGGUUAGGAGAAAAGGGCCUUAAAGCUGUGGCUGUGACCGUGGGUAGUACAGGGGGUGUGCUCCCCUCGCAACAGCAGAGCUGGCCUUGGGGUUCCCAGGGAGGAAAGCUCCCCACUCCCAGCAGUGGCGGGCCGGCUCCAGGUCAGAAAAGAGGCUGCAACGUAGGUAGAACCAUUAGGACUUUACUGCUAUUACUUUGUGUGUUUAUAAGCAUUCUCGUUCCUUUUAGCAAACUGAGUAGUUCAGGAUUUAUGGCUUCAAGUAUGACUUUAUUCUGUUUUGUUUUCAUGGAGAUGGUUAUU